AGGGAAUAAAUCCCUUCACUGACUCAUAGCCAUCGGGAUUGCUCCUCUUGGAUAUUCUAUCAUUCCCCCUCCUUCUCGACAACUACAAAAUGGGCAAACUCCUUGUCCUGUGUGUUGCAGUCCUUGCCUGCAUCAGUCUCGGAUCUGCUCUGCAGUGUUUGAAAUGUUCGUUCACUGUUUUUGACAUCCCCUGCCACACCACCACCACCACCUGUGAAGCUGGGCAGGUCUGUGCUACCAUCCGGGGAACAGCAGCUGGCCGCAAGCUUAUCAUGAAGAGGAACUGUGUUGAUCAGAACAAAUGCAACAGAAACGACUCUGACACCUAUUUAGGCAUUAACUACAUCACCACUUACAAUUGCUGCGAAGGCGACUUCUGCAACUCUGCUGCCACAGUGCCCGCUUCCCACCUGUCCCUGCCAAUAGCUCUGGCUAUGAUGGGUGUUUGGCUCAUUCGCCUUCUCUAAAUCUUCUCUACAGGAAGAAGAAAUAAAAAUUUCUACAGGAUAGUAUGAAAGAAAGAAAGAAAGAAAGAAAGAAAGAAAGAAAGAAAGAAAGAAAGAAAGAAAGAAAUCAUACCAAACACUGUCUCAAGUAGAUCUCCCACUUCUGUCUUUUUCUUUAGCUUUAUACUUAAAAAGGCACUUAUUGAUGAUCAAGGACAGCAUUUAUCUCCUUAUCUCUGCCUUCUUAAAUCAUAGAAACCAAGUCUGAGUAGAAAAAGGGGUAGGAAGGGAGAGGGUAGGAAUGUGCUUGGAGAACAAAGACUUCCUAGCCUUUUCUUUCAUAUUGACCUUUUAUCCAUUACUUUGUUGUUUGAGCAUGUUAUUGUAUGUUUUGCCACACAUCUGCACCUGACGUGGUAGAAUUCUCCUUGCUAGUUGACAUAAAGCUACAGAGAGGAGUUACAGACCAUUUUACCACAGAUUGUGCCCCACAUCAGUGCCUGAUGAAAUAAAAUUGUAAUAACUGUGGCUUCCCACAAAGAAUCUUGGAAACUGUAGUUUGUGAAGAGGACUGAGAGUUGUAGUUCUGUGAAGGGGGUCUCCUAACAUAACGACUCUCAGCAUCCUGCACAAGGAUUCCCAGGAUAUUUUGGGGGAAGCCAUGACUAUUAAAGUGGUAAAAAGAUGCUUUAAAUGUAUGGUGCAGAUGUGGCUUCACUUUGCAUGAGGCCUGGCUAGGCCACAGGCUGAACUCCUACUGCUUGUAUUUUAGACCGGGGCCCACUACAAUGUGGGCUUGGGCCUGGCUUUAUCCUUCAUCUUUCCUUCUCAUCUUCUUUGUAUUUUCUGUCAUUCUUUGGGUCUUUCUUAUUAUGUUGCCUUCCUUUUUCACUCAUUUUUGCUCAGGGCCUUUCUUUUUGACAUAUGUACCGCCUUCUCAAGCUUUUGUUGUCAGCCUUAUCAACCAGUUACACUUCAUUCUGCUUUGUCCCGUUCCUUUUCUUAUUCUUCCUUUCUUUUGUUAAAUAGAUUUUUUUCUAAGCUCUUUCACUGUAUAUCCACCUGCAGCAAAAGGGAGGUUAUGCCUCCCUCCCAAAUGGCUGCAGUCUCUUUUUUACAUGACUCACCCAAAAUACGGCAAACCACUCCUUUCCUUCAACAUGGCUGUGGGAUUUGUCACAUUUUUUACUCUUCCCUGCUUUCUCCUGAUGACAGACACAUGUCAAUGAGGGAGACUAGUCAAACGGAAGAGAUCUCCAGAGUACAGUUAAUCCCCCUUUCUUCCCCAAAGUGUACUUUUAUGACAUUGGCAGCAUCCAAGUGUCCAUAUACAGAAAUGAGGUGUAUAUAGACCAGAGAAUUGACAAAACUCUUAUGCAGCAAGUUAUUCAUGCUGCCAGUACAUUGAUGAACAUAUGCUGACCGCUCCACAAGUUGUCUGCCCCAAGGCCAACCACCUAGGGACAGAUCCAUUUUUCAUACUGCACAUCUGGCCACUCUGCAAACAUCUGGCUGCACAUUUCCAGCUGUCUUCACUGAAGACAUCUGGAGGGAGAACUUGGCUUAGCUCCACGUUCACACUUACUCCACAAGCAUCUGCAGGCAGAUCUGUUUGCAGCCAUGUUCUUGACAGUUCAGAGCCAUACUCUGUCACAGUGGCAGCUGGUCGUUCCAUGUCAGUGGGGCAGUGGAAUCCACUGCAGGUUUAAGUCUGAACUUCAAAGGAGCUAUCCAGCUGCCACUGCUGUAUAGCUGACAUCUGUCUCCAGAUUUUGGUAGGCCCUAGCAUUUCAAGUAUGAUUUUCCUGUCCUAUUUCCUUCAUAUCUUUUGCAUGUGGGAUUGCUGAAAUCAUCUGGAAAAAAGAACAUUAAUAUGGACCCUUGGUCUGAUCCAGCAAUGUUCUUCUCCUGCCUUUUGCUCCUCAAAAAAAUGCAAUUUUGUCCACAGAAUGUACAUUUCAUGCUAGCCAUGUAAUCAAAGACUUGGAGACAGAAGUUCACAAUGAUUGCAAGGCACUGAAUUAGAUAGGGAAAGAGGUUUAGAUUCCACACACAAAUCCAAACACCUUAAUUGUUUGAAGAAGUUCUUUAGUUCCUCCCAAAAUUCGUGUUUAGCUAUCAUUAAGGCAUCUUAAAUCACAUCUUUCUACUCACUGGCAGGAAGAGCCUAAAUUAUUAUCCAGAAAUAAAUGGUUCUUUUAGAGGAGGGGGAUUUGAUUACUAGAGUCUCAAUUUCUGCUUUGAGGUGUGGGGAGAGAAACUGGAUCUCAAAGGCAAAUGUGUCCCCACCUCAAAGAGCUGAACACUCAGGUUUUAACAUUCAAAUAUUUUGAAACGUUCAUUGCAAAACUGGGGUUUCGAAGGUGAAGAUUUCCACAUGAAAAACUAAAAAUGUUACAAUUCAGAGGAGAUCAUUUCUUUUACCCCCCCCUUCCUUGAAUUCAUUGUGGCUUUAAAUAGCACCUUUUAUUGUAUCAAAAUAAACUAUUCUUCCAUA